AUGGAGGAAUCUAAAACUGUGUUUGGAUAUGAAUACCCCAUAGAUGGUUGCUGGGUCUCCGAGAUGAGCCUCUCCUGGAGUUUCAUCGUCAUGAGAGCAGCUGUCCCCCAGGCCACGCCCCAGGCAUGGGGAAACGUGAGCUGCACCAUGGCGCAGAGUCAACAUGAUAUAAACAACAUGUAUGCUCCAUCAUCUUACUCUUGUAGCAGGGAAAUGUACCAGGACCAAUCAACCUACCUGGCAACCUCGACCUGCCCCAUGUACGACCAACAGCCGUCCCACUCAUACACGUCACCAAAGUCGACAGUGGACAGUGCGCUCUUAACCAUCAUGCCUGAGUACAGCGGGUUCUACCAGCCAAAUUGCCAACGAGACAUCCAGGCUUUUCCUGACAGGAAAGUGUUACCAUAUUCACUGAACUCGUUGAGGCUUCCACCACCUCUGACACCUCUGAACACAAUAAGGAAUUUUACACGUGUGGGACCUGCGACAGAGGGCCCUUGUCAACCCAAUCCCUACAACACUCCAAAUUUACCCCUGAGGCCAAUACCGAGGCCGAGAAAGUAUCCAAACCGCUCGAGCAAAACGCCUGUCCAUGAGCGACCAUACCCUUGCCCGGUAGAGAGCUGCGACAGGAGGUUCUCUCGGUCGGACGAGCUGAGUAGACACGUCAGAAUCCACACAGGGCACAAACCCUUCCCAUGUCGGAUCUGCACGCGCAGUUUCAGUCGCAGCGACCACCUCACUACGCACAUCCGCACACACACUGGAGAAAAACCAUUUUCUUGUGACCACUGUGGAAGAAAGUUCGCCAGGAGUGAUGAAAGAAGGAGACAUACGAAAAUCCACUUAAGACAGAAAGAGAAAAAGUAA